AUGAUUCCUUCUUUUUCAGAUCCUAUUGUUCAUGACUCUCUGAACGGCGCUCCGCGAUACGUGGAGAAUGUUUGGCCACACAAAUCGUACCCUUUUAUCUACGGGUCUAUCCCGCAAACAUGGGAAAGUCCGAAUUACAACCACUCUUUUACUAGCCUGUUAGGGGACAACGACCCUGUAGAUCUCUUCGACAUCGGUCAGGACCGUGGGCACGUCGGUCAGGUGAAACAAGUUAAGAUUCUCGGUGGCCUUGCCUUGGCCGAUGGUAACGAAACGGAUUGGAAAAUUCUCGGCAUCGACGUCGAGGAUCCCACGGCGUCCGUUAUCAACUCUUUCGAAGAUGUUGAAAAGUAUCGCCCUGGGACCAUCAAGACAUUCCGAGACUGGUGGACUCACUACAAGGUUACCCGUGGCGAUCCAGUCAUCAAUAUCAUCGGUGACUGGUAUCAGAAUCUCACCUACAUGCAACAUGUCGUUGAGGAAAGCCACAAGACCUGGGCAGAGUUGAUCAGAGGGGAGGUCGACUCCAAUGAAAUCAACUACAAUCAGACAUCCCAGCCGGACGUCGAAAACAGCUUCGUAGACAAAGCAACAACAACUGCGAAGUUCAAUAUCCCAGCAGAGAGCAGAAUCGAUCCUGCUGCUCCGAGGCCGGAAAAAGCUGACCGCUGGUAUUAUCUGGACAGCGACGCCAGCUUGAUUGAUGUCCCUCCGACCCAACAACCCUUUCUCAAAAGGCAACAGGCAUAG